AUGCUCAGAAAAAGCUGGAGUUGUUUGAGGUCAGCUUUCUCCCUCUGCUGUCCGCCCUGGUUGUCUCUCUUCUUGUUAUGCAGCGCAGGUCUCUUGAGCACAGAUUUGAAAUGUGUGCGAGGGAUGCAGGUGAUGUCCACGGGUCCGCAGACCAUCCAAAAGGCUGAGGGAGACAGCGUGACUCUGGGCUGCACUUACACACCGAGCCCUUUUGACUCCGGAGACCUUGACAUCGAAUGGUCGGUGGUCAGUCCAGACACCACACAGAAAGAUCAGAUGCUCAUGUCCUACACCAGUGGCACCAGAUACGUCCAUGGUAAUCUGGCUCUUGCGAAAGGCCUUAGCUUUGCUGCUCCUGACCCCUCAACGGGCGACGCUUCGAUCUCAAUCUCUCUGCUGUCACCCGCUCAUAGUGCUACCUACCAGUGUAAAGUGAAGAAAUCACCCGGAGUGGACAUGCUCAAGGUGUCACUUGUAGUAAUGGCGAAGCCGUCUGUGCCUAAGUGCUGGGUGGAGGGAGGGGAGCUGGUCGGCGAGGCUGUGUCCCUCCACUGCAAGUCUGCAGAAGGCUCCACUCCCCUAAAAUACUCGUGGAGGAGAGAGAGCGGAGGCCCGAUCCCUGCUGCAGCCAUGCAGAACAGCGUGACUGGGGAGCUGAAAAUCAGCAACCACUCGCAGAGCUUCGCAGGAUUCUACCUUUGUGAGGUGAACAAUGCCGUUGGAGCCGAACACUGCAGGAUCAACCUGAAAGCGAACAGGCCUCCAAACAGAGCGGCGAUGAUCGUCGGCAUCGUUGUUGGAUCUGUGCUCCUGAUCUUCAUCCUGCUGGUCUUCAUCGGGGUCCUAUACUGGAAACUAAGCAACAGACUUCGCUUCGAAAAGGAGUUCUCCAAUGACAUCAGGGAGGACGCACCACCUCCUGAGAGCCGCCCGGUCAGUCGCCACACGAGCCGCAGCACCACUCAGCACCCGCAGGUCACUCCCGGUCAGAUAGGCAGCACUGAGGUGAGCGACAGACACACUCACACUCCCUCCAGCAACAGCAACGGACACACUUCGGUCAAAUAUGCACCAGUCGAAUAUGACAGCAAGUACGGAUACGCAGUAUGA